CUCUCUCUCUCUCUCUCUCUCUCUCUCUCUCUCUCACUUAAAGCAAAUCUUUGUUUCAUAGCAAACACCAGUGUGAUGCAGAAGCAUGAGUAGCAGAUUCUAUCUGCCACAGUGCAUCUGAACUUGGUUAGAGCACACGUCAUGUACCUUCGGGGGAAUACAGAGGAUUGCUUCAGUGUUUGGUCUCUCUAAUGAGAAACCAUAGCCUGCUAGUGGUGCCUUAAAUCAGCUUGAGUGUCUUUUAAGGGUUUGUCAACCAUAUUAUUGCUGGCUACUUAUACUGUGGUUCUUCUUAUGCGUUGUAAGCUAAAGUGACCAAGUUAAUUGCUGAAUCUGGUUUGAUCUUGAUUUGGUUCUUUGUACUGUAACCUGAGAACGCUUCACUAGAUGUAACUCUGUAGUUACACACUUUUUUUGGACUCAACACUCGGGAUUUGACACUAAAAAGGCUUUGAUGUCUAAAGGCAUUCUCUUUGGGGGGAAAUAAGUGGAAAUGUUCAUUGUGAAAGAUAAUUUAGGACAUAGGGUCAACAGUCCAAUGAGAUCGAAAUAGUCAUAGUGGAAAUGUAUGUUUUCUCAUCAUGACAACAUAUGUCAUCAACCAGGAGAAAGACCUAGUAUGCAGUACAGGAAAAACGUAAUGGGGCGUAUGGCCUCGGCACAUACUGUAAGUUUAAUGAGCCAUUAUUGGUAUGCAGGAAAGCUAUCUCAGUGAUGGAGUGUUGUGUUGUGUUGAAGUAGCUUCCUGGUGAAAGGUUAGACCCAUCAGUAUGGCAUCCACUGGAAAUGUCAUGUUUGUUCUAGCGAUUGUCUGGAAAGGAUGUGGCAGGUCAGUUGUAGAGCUACAUUCUUCUCUCCUCUUCUCAUGUUCAUUUUAUUUCAUGAUGAGUGAUGAGUACAUUUUGGUAGAAAUGACUAAUGACAGAUUUUUCAUUGAAAGGAAUCCAGUAAACAACUCUCGUAAGGUUUGCAAGUUUAUCCAAACAAAAAAACCCGGCUAUUCCAAUUGAUAUGAUCUACAUCUGGUUGUUCAAGGAGCCAGAACGCCCCAUAGUUAUGGCAUGGCAUGGUUCCUGGUCUGUCUUUGGCCAAUAACAGGCUAUCUAAGGAACAGGACUGGCUCGAGCGCUAAACCAUAUUUAACAGACCUGCAGAGUACCACAGACCAUGUACCAAGAGGAUUCAUCUAGACUGUACACUUCCAUCCUAGCCAAAGGUGCACCUGACUUUUUUGGACUGGUGCAUACUUGGCUAACUGAAUACAGCCAGGCAGGCCGAUGCAUUGCAGAGCGAUAAACUCUUUGCAUGGAGGAUAUAAUAAACUGUAUAGUGUUAAUAAUGGAACUCAGCCUGGGUUUGGAGACGCUUUAUCUUUAUUUACAUGCAUCGUCGAUAAGACUGGUUUAUUUGGCCAGCCGGAGCAUCUCAAGUGAAGAGAGAGGCAGUCCUUCAUCUCCUGCACAGCCCUGGCUGUAAACAACACUAAUGCGUGUACUUCAGCUGACUUAGAGUGUAAACUAAGAAGCAUUGGGAUCUGAGUAUGGAUCGAAGAUCAACAGCACACUGAAAGCUGACAUUAGUCUUGGCAAAGAGUCCAGGGAUCAAAUUACAACCCCCCCCCCUAGCUGCUAACAAACCCCCUCCUAGCUGCAAACAAACCCUCUCCUAGCUGCAAAUAAACCCUCUCCUAGCUGCAAAUAACCCCUCUCCUAGCUGCAAAUAAACCCUCUCCUAGCUGCAAAUAAACCCUCUCCUAGCUGCAAAUAAACCCUCUCCUAGCUGCAAAUAAACCCUCUCCUAGCAGCAAAUAAACCCUCUCCUAGCUGCAAACUAACCCUCUCCUAGCUGCAAACAAACCCUCUCCUAGCUGCAAAUAAACCCUCUCCUAGCAGCAAAUAAACCCUCUCCUAGCUGCAAACUAACCCUCUCCUAGCUGCAAACAAACCCUCUCCUAGCUGCAAAUAAACCUUCUCCUAGCUGCAAACAAACCCUCUCCUAGCUGCAAACAAACCCUCUCCUAGCUGCAAAUAACCCCUCUCCUAGCUGCAAAUAAACCCUCUCCUAGCUGCAAAUAAACCCUCUCCUAGCUGCAAAUAACCCCUCUCCUAGCUGCAAAUAAACCCUCUCCUAGCUGCAAACAAACCCUCUCCUAGCUGCAAAUAAACCCUCUCCUAGCUGCAAACAAACCCUCUCAUAGCUGCAAAUAAACCCUCUCCUAGCUGCAAACAAACAUUCUCCUAGCUGCAAACAAACCCUCUCCUAGCUGCAAAUAAACCCUCUCCUAGCUGCAAACUAACCCUCUCCUAGCUGCAAACAAACCCUCUCCUAGCUGCAAAUAAACCUUCUCCUAGCUGCAAACAAACCCUCUCCUAGCUGCAAACAAACCCUCUCCUAGCUGCAAAUAACCCCUCUCCUAGCUGCAAAUAAACCCUCUCCUAGCUGCAAAUAACCCCUAUCCUAGCUGCAAAUAACCCCUCUCCUAGCUGCAAAUAAACCCUCUCCUAGCUGCAAACAAACCCUCUCCUAGCUGCAAAUAAACCCUCUCCUAGCUGCAAACAAACCCUCUCAUAGCUGCAAAUAAACCCUCUCCUAGCUGCAAACAAACAUUCUCCUAGCUGCAAACAAACCCUCUCCUAGCUGCAAAUAAACCCUCUCCUAGCUGCAAACAAACCCUCUCCUAGCUGCAAAUAACCCCUCUCCUAGCUGCAAAUAAACCCUCUCCUAGCUGCAAACAAACCCUCUCCUAGCUGCAAAUAACCCCUCUCCUAGCUGCAAAUAAACUCUCUCCUAGCUGCAAACAAACCCUCUCCUAGCUGCAAAUAAACCCUCUCCUAGCUGCAAAUAAACCCUCUCCUAGCUGCAAAUAACCCCUCUCCUAGCUGCAAAUAAACCCUCUCCUAGCUGCAAACAAACCCCUCCUAGCUGCAAAUAAACCCUCUCCUAGCUGCAAACAAACCCUCUCAUAGCUGCAAAUAAACCCUCUCCUAGCUGCAAACAAACAUUCUCCUAGCUGCAAACAAACCCUCUCCUAGCUGCAAACAAACCCUCUCCUAGCUGCAAACAAACCCUCUCCUAGCUGCAAAUAACCCCUCUCCUAGCUGCAAAUAAACCCUCUCCUAGCUGCAAACAAACCCUCUCCUAGCUGCAAAUAACCCCUCUCCUAGCUGCGAAUAAACCCUCUCCUAGCUGCAAACAAACCCUCUCCUAGCUGCAAACAAACCCUCUCCUAGCUGCAAAUAAACCCUCUCCUAGAUGCAAAUAAACCCGUUCCUAGCUGCAAAUAAACCUUCUCCUAGCUGCAGAUAAACCCGUUCCUAGCUGCAAAUAAACCUUCUCCUAGCUGCAAAUAAACAUGUUCCUAGCUGCAAACAAACCUUCUCCUAGCUGCAAACAAACCUUCUCCUAGCUGCAAACAAACCCUCUCCUAGCUGCAAAUAAACCUUCUCCUAGCUGCAAAUAAACCCUCUCCUAGCUGCAAACAAACCCUCUCCUAGCUGCAAACAAACCUUCUCCUAGCUGCAAAUAAACCCUCUCCUAGCUGCAAACAAACCCUCUCCUAGCUGCAAACAAACCCUCUCCUAGCUGCAAACAAACCCUCUCCUAGCUGCAAAUAAACCAUCUCCUAGCUGCAAACAAACCCUCUCCUAGCUGCAAACAAACCUUCUCCUACCUGCAAAUAAACCCUCUCCUAGCUGCAAACAAACCCUCUCCUAGCUGCAAAUAAACCCUCUCCUAGCUGCAAACAAACCCUCUCCUAGUUGUACCGUAUAUCAACUGAGUUAAGUAGCAGCUUUCUCAUUUGUUUUCCCCAUCUUGAUAAUGUGCCUCGUGUGGUAGAGAGCACAGACCUCAUUGUGUAAAACUAUCUUUGUCCGUCUUCUAUUUUGACGUUUUCUGGCACUGCUACUCAUACCAAAGGACUAUGGAGAUUUAUAUGUGUGUUAUAUAUAAACAACAAUAUUUCCAUUUUGGACUGUGUCUUUAUCCAGAGUUAUCCUGCAACACAGCUGGUUCUCUUUUUACCCAGCAUAACACCCUGGAGACAGACAGGAGAAAUGGGACUGGUGCCACUCCAUCCUCUGGGAGGCUGGAGCACAUUGUAGAGAGAGAGAGUAGAUUCUGGGUUGGGACGGAGGGGAUGGAAGGGUGAUAUGUUUGGCUCCAUGUCACAUCAUUGAAAGCAUUUUGUUAUCUCUGUGAUUUAACCCAUUGUGUUGCAUAAAUCAAUCAGCAAACUGUAGGCUUUGCGUACGCUGCGAUAGAAUUGACUAUUAUAUAAGGAAAGUGUAUCUGAUAUGUUUUAUGGCAUCACGAUCUGACAUAGGACAUUCAAAUGGGUGACAGGGGAAGUGGCACAUCUGUCUGGUACAAGGUGCUAGAAAUAACUGGUUUUGACAUCCCAUACAGUAUAUCACUUAAAUGAUUAGAAUGAUUUGGAAUUUUUUAUAUACUUCCCCCUUCAUCAAAAUAAAAACAACACACUUACAAGCCUCGAUAUGUAUCUCCAAACAUCAGUUCACACGUCAAGCUGACAUAAAUAUUCACAUUCUCUCUAAGCUUGCACUCUCUAGCCUUAAAACCACAUGUUCUGACAUUCAAAAAAUAUAUUCUGUACUAGUGGUGUGAAUUCAAGCAAAGAACCAUAAUGACCUAGGCUAGUGCUGAGAUGUGCUAAACAGUUGCUUUGCCUACUCAUGAGGAGCUGUGCUGAGUGCACGCUGACAUGGGAGGACUGUGCCCAGAAUGUUGUCAUUGUCCAUAGCCACCUCUCAUACCUUUCCCAGUCUGCCAGCUCCCAGUGGGAGUCUACCAAGACUAUCUUCAGCACUGAAACCGGAAUGCAUGAAGAAGAGCAAACAAAGAUCCGCCUUAAUUUUAACACAGCUGGAGUUUGUUUUAGAGAUGGAAGGUGCCUUGCAGCUCAGAUGUCUUGGGUUUCUACUUUUGGAUGACAGGUUUCAGAAGCCAGGCACUGUAGCAGCUAUAGGGUAAGGUCAUUUUAAAUUACUCUCUGGCACUUGAAGGGUAACGUUGUGUACACCUGAAUCCCCUCUGUAGGCUGUUCUCCUGAAACAGACCGUCGAUGGCUCCAUUUCUAAGCAGCCUGGAUCUGCACCACAGUCUGCCUCACGUUGCACAUUCAGCAUCUGUCAUUGGCAGACAGAACAGUUCCACAUUCAGUUGCAAAACGUUCUCCAACGUUACAGAUAGAAAUUCCGUGCAUAGAGCUGACGUUAUUCCUUAUUCAACACAUACGAGAGGGAUGUUUGUUCUACAUAGCAUAUUUCUAUCUGAACGUCCUGCUGAACACGCAUCCAGCUGUGGAGCCUUGUGCCCAGUCUACACUAUCUACAAUGCUGUCUACACACUCCUUAUCCCACUCUUACUCUGGGAUAAGAGCCACAUAAAGACAUGUAUAGAACAUAUACAGUUGAAGUCGGAAGUUUACAUACACUUAGGUCGGAGUCAUUAAAACUCAUUUUUCAACCACUCCACAAAUUUCUUGUUAACAAACUAUAGUUUUGGCAAGUCGGUUAGGACAUCUACUUUGUGCAUGACACAAGUCAUUUUUCUAACAAUUGUUUACAGACAGAUUAUUUCACUUAUAAUUCACUGUAUCACAAUUCCAGUGGGUCAGAAGUUUACAUACACUAAGUUGACUGUGCCUUUAAACAGCUUGGAAAAUUUACAAACACCUUAGCCAAAUACACUGCUCAAAAAAAUGUUGUAUGUAAACUUCCGACUUCAACUGUACUUCCAGAAUAUGGGUUGAUGAAGUGAUGGUAAUAAGACCAACAGCAAACUUUGGAAUUCAAUUCUAUACAAACUUGGGAAAGGUAUUACUAAUUAGAAACGUACAAUAUUCUAAGACCUUUUACAUCUGGUACAUUCAUCUGUUAAAAUAAGUAAUUAGGCUUUUAGCGUGAUUCUUGUUGAUCAGCAUCAGAUUAAUGUUAAUGUGGCACAUGAAUCUUUAACUUCAUUGUCAAGCUCCCUUCUGCUUCAGUUCCAUAGUGAUCUCCAUGCAAUCAACUGUUAUAAGUAAAACUGUUAUAAGUCAAUGAAUUUAUUCAAUUGGCAGCCAAGUUUGUCAUGUGAUUAAUAACUCCUUCUGUAAAAUGGCACAAUGUUCCCAUCACCCCAGCAACAACUGACAACAGCAGCUCUAUCUGCCCAGCUGGUUUCCAGGAGACCCGGCCUAGCUCCUCCUCCUGAGUUCGGAGGCUGCAGCAUGGAGCCCCAGGGGAGUCUGGGAGUGGAGGGGGACUUCAACCUGCAGCUGGCGCUGCUGGUACCCAGUCUCCGGAGCGAGGCAGUGACCCACGAGCUGGAAGAUCUGACUAUGCAGCCCAGUCCCAGCCUGCUGCCUCUCAAAGAGCGUAAGAACGUCCUCCAGCGCCGCCUGCAGCAGAGACGCACACGUGAGCAGCUAGUGGAGCAGGGCAUCAUGCCACCACUGAAAUGCCCUGCUGCCUUCCACGAACAGAUCCGCAGCCUGCAGAGGUCCAGGACUGAGAACUUCUUGAAGCACAAAAUCCGCAGUAGACCUGAACGUUCAGAGCUGGUCCGCAUGCACAUCCUGCAAGAGACCCAUGUGGAGCCCUCAUUGCAGGCUACUCAGAUGAUGCUGAAGAGAGCCAGGCUGGCUGAUGACCUCAAUGAGAAGCUGGCCCAGCGACCCGGCCCCAUGGAGCUGGUGGUCAAGAACAUUCUGCCUGUGGAACCCAGCCUAGUCAAGGACGGCAUCACCGAUCCCCCAGACAGUGAGGUGGAGAAUGACUUCCCCAAGACGAAAACACCGGAUGUGUACAACUUUGACGAGGACAGCAGCGACGCCCUGUCCCCAGAGCAGCCGGCCAGCCAGGAGUCCCAGAGCUCCUCUGCCCCCUCACCCUCCCCCAGAACCCCCAGAGUGACAGAAGCCCCUGUUGCCCUCUCCACCUCUCCACCGACCAGCUCCAUCACCAUGAAGCACUGCCCACCUACCUCCCAGUCCACAACAGACUUCUUCAACUUCUCUCAUGUCUCCACCAAUGAGCAUCAGAACAAUCGCCUGGUGACCACGCCUCAGCCAAUCACCAUUGUUGCCCCUCCAAAGCCGGGGCCCAUGUUAGUAAAGCAAAGCCAACCAAAGACACCCAAUGACAAGAGCCGCAGUAAGAAGAAUAAGGAUCCCAAACCGCGGGUGAAGAAGCUAAAGUACCACCAGUACAUCCCCCCGGACCAGAAACAGGAGGCCAACGAGGCCCCCAUGGACUCAGCCUACGCCAGGCUACUGCAUCAGCAGCAGCAGUUCCUCCAGCUGCAGAUACUGAGCCAUCAGCAGCAGCACUACAACUACCAGACCAUCCUACCUUCCCCACUCAAGUCGACGGAGGGUCAGAACAGCUGCUCCAGUGUGUCUCUGAGUGGCAGCAGUCUGUCCAGUCCCAUCGUGGUCUCUCUACCCAGCGCUGCCCCAGCACGGUCUAACCAGACUCUGACAAACCGCAAGCCUGGUGUCCUACCUGCCAACCUGGACGAAAUGAAGGUAGCUGAGCUGAAGAUGGAGCUGAAACUGCGAGGUCUUCCGGUGUCUGGCACCAAGACUGACCUGAUAGAGAGACUAAAGCCUUAUCAGGAGAUCCCCAGCAGCCAGGCUGCCACUGCCAUGGUGCUGACAGGCUACACAGGGGCCCCACAACCUGAGAGCAUGAGCUCCACACCUCCUGUGUCCCCCGCGCCCUCGGAGGUCUCCAGCCUGGGCAUGGAGGAGGCUGGGAUGCCAGGAGCUCUUUCCCCAGCUCGGCCCACUCCUUCUGGGUCGUCUCCCCACCAAGGCCGCCUGGAGGACAGCCCAAUGGAGACCAGAACCUCAGCGAAGGACCAGCGACUGCACGAGAAGGAGCGUCAGAUCGAGGAGCUGAUGAGGAAGCUGGAGCAGGAGCAGAGGCUGGUGGAGGAGCUGAAGAUGCAGCUAGAGGUGGAGAAGAGGGGUCUGCCCAGCCCUCCAGCCCCCAUGGCCCUGGCCCAGGUCAAAGAAGAGGGCAGGGCCGCCUCAAACUGCUCUGCCUCUGCGCAUAGCCCACUAUUAGUGGUGAAACAGGAGGAGCCCAGCUCAGGCCAGGUGCAGACAUCCCCCCUGCCUCAGUUCUUCAUCAGCCACCAGCAGGUGCAUCAGGUCCUCAGACAGCCCCAGCCUCAGACCUCGCUAUCUGGCCAGCCUGGAACACAGAUCCUGCUGCCUGUCUCCAUGCCCACCAGCACUGCCACCAUUCAGCUACCGAACAACAGCAUUAAGCUGCAGGUCAGAGAGCCGGUCCUACAGACCACAGUUAGCACUACAGCUCCAGGCCUCAUCCAGAAAACAGAGGCCUCAGCACCCCACCAACACACCACCCAGACCCAACCCAUGGCACAGAUGACAGUCCCACUGUGCACCACCACCACCUCAGGCUCUGGGUUCCAGUUCAGAGCAGGCCCAGGUCAGACAGAGAUCCCCCAGUGUUUCCUAAACACUUCCCCAGGGAGCAGGUCCCCUGCCAGGGCCUCGUCCAACCAAGCAGUCCCCAAUGGUCCAACAAACAAGUCCCCUUCUCCCUGCCAGCCCAACUUCUCAAACCACGUCCCCAAGAGUAAGGACCCGCCACGCUACGAAGAGGCCGUUAAACAGACGCGCAGAAUGCAGACUGCUGCACAGGUACCCACUGCAACCAGCCAGCACAUGGACGACCUGUUUGACGUGUUGAUCGAGAGUGGAGAGAUCUCCCCAUUCAUCAGACAGGACCCUUCCUUUCCAGACAAGCUGCUUCCUGUGACCGCCAGCGUAACCACCCUGCCCUUCAACACGGUGCUAUCCCGCCCCCCGCCCCAGAUCCAGGUGGCCCGCCCACCCGCCCCCACCCUUAACCCACCGGCCCCACCCAGCCUGACAGCCCUGGCCAUAGACAACCAGCUGGAGGCCUUCCUGGAAGGCACGCUGAAGGGGGAGACUGAGCCCCAGACACUGAGGUUGAUGGAAGAGCUGCACAGUCAGCUGCUGGAGCACUCCCCCCACUCCCCCAUGGACACGGACACCACCGGGUUCAACAAUGUCAGUGCACCCCCCUCCAGCUACCACCUGGACCACACCAACCUGGACAACAUGGAGUGGCUGGACCUGACCAUGCCCGGGCCGACGGGGGGACUCAACCCACUGGGCCUUCCCCCGUCUGGGGUCUUCUCCUCUGACUUCCUGGACUCCCAUGACCUGCAGCUACACUGGGACUAAGGGGCGUCAAUGUGACCCCCCCCCCCCCCAAACAGGCCUGUUCAGACAGAGGGCUGUCAGGGAGAGACACACACAUACUGAUAAGUGAGACGGAGAGGUCAGUCCUUCUCCAGUGGAGGUGGGGGAGGAGAGUGCAGUACUGCUGGCCUUGAGUCCCUGUGGGAAGUUCUGUGCAGGGCUACAGCAGCACUAGUGGUGGAUCUCACUGCUCCGAGCAGCUCAGAGUGCUAGAGGCAUGGACCCUCCUUCGUCAUUGGAUAUACAGUAUAGCUGUUUCCCUUUGAGGUAUCGUCCCUCAUAACAGCCACUCAUUCUAAGGAAGGCUAAGCACCCGCUGGGCUGUGGUAUAGAUCAACGGUAUGAAGAGGUUGAUCUCCCCCUGUGGUCUCUUUCAGAAGAGAACCUUGUCUGAGGAAGGGUGGUCUCUCCUGAAAUGGCGUUACAGUAGAUAAGAAGCGGGAUCAGGAAAUGUGAUCCCGGCUCAGGAUGAAAACUCGCUAGUGGAAACAGAUGUUGACCCAGGUGUUAGAGAAUUUCACGCCUGGUUCUGACUGCGCCAGUGGCAUGGUUACUGACUGACUUUCGUGAUAAAUUUGACAAGACAGCGCAGAGAGAUUGUAUAUAUUAUAAGCCUAUGUCUACAGUAGCAGUAGUCUGUCUGCUCUGCUGCAUACAUCACUAAGGCAGCUGUAUUACAGUCCUGUGUAUGUAUAUGACAUAUUGGAAUGUGAUAUUAGCUUAGCAUUAUGGCUUUGUAAUAACUGCCUUUGCUUUACUCAGUGCCCUCAUGCGAUUCCCAUCACGGGAGAGAAUUGGACACAGAUGCUAAAAGACUGCACAUAUUACAUUAUGCCUUAUAAGACCAUUUGCCAAAUAUCUUGCUAUUUUCAACGCGUUGCUUUCACUUAAUUCAACUAAAGACUUUCCAAAGAGUACACAGAGUGAUGACUGAUAGUGUUGUAACUAAAAUAAAGCAGGAAACUACUUAAAGUGAGUGUUAACAGUAGGCAGCCUUAUAUCAUGUAAGAUAAAACAGUGAGUGCACGAAACCCACAUUUAGUAUCACUGGUUGACAAUACGAGAGCUGUCGGCCUGAGAACUCUUGAAUUAAUCCAAAUUAGAAGUUGAGAGGCGUCACAUUUUUAGCAGCUGUUGUUCUUACUCUAUUCUUGUGUGGGGGAGAGUAGGGCCAAUGUGAGUUUGUUUACCAAACUACAACGUGCUUUGCCUGAGUGUGCAUGGGGUCACAAUAGGUGGCACAGCACCCCACAGCGCUGCGGUAGCUAGCUAGCCCAGGCCUAUGUCCUUUAUAUUAUCGACAAAAGAGCCUUUCAAAAUGUUCUCUCUCUCAACCCUAUUGUCAAGUCUGGAGUGGAUUUAUCCCAAUGUACAGAUCAGCUGAAUCUUGCUUGUUUAUGUGUGACGUGCAGUGCACAUGAGCUAGAGCUGGUGUUGAGCUGGUGUUUGUGUGUGCACUGCACAUCUGUGUUGCAUAUCGCUUUUGCUUGUUUUGACUCUAGGAACUGGCAGAAAUAUAGCCAGUAAAUUCCCCUCGGCAUUUCAAUGGCUCUCUUCAAUAUACCGUCUGACCUUAGUUGGCUGACAUAUCAAGAACAGACAAAUUGACAUCAUUCAGUUUGACAAGCCAGGGAGUCACAGUGAAUCAGCAGAGGUGGUUCAAGGCUGUCUUGUGCUUUUGUGAUCAGCUUAGCAAUAUUUGUGGCUAUAGUCCUGCAGGUUCAAAUGUAAGCAUAAUUAUUUUGUUGUAGUAGGCCUAAUGUGUCUCUAUUCAUGAAGCCUUAGUCCAGCAGAUUAUGUAGGGUCGGGAUUUCGGCCACUCACAUCACAUCAAGAGGCAACCUUUCAAAACACAUUUCAAACCCCAUUUCAAAGCAGUGUGUGAUCCAUAUGUACCAUUACUACCAACAGAUGGGUAUUAAAAUGAUCUCCACACUGUUGUAAUAGCCUUGAUUUUCACUCCUCUCUCCCAGUUGAAGUCUUCUUUUCUGUCAAAAUCCUACAUGAUUAUUGCAAUCGCACACAUGUAGUUAAAAAUUACAUUACAGUGACAUAUACUGGCCAAAGAUCAAAUGUGAAAGCAUUUGAAGUGUUGAACCGACGGUUGAAAUGGGUUAAGGUAGAGGUGUUUACAGACGGUUUGACUUUACAAAAGUUGUCAGUCCUCUUUAUCAAGCAGUCUGAGCUACGCAACGGAUAACUGCCUUUAGAAACACAGAAACCUUUCACCAAUUUAGUAGAGCCCCCCAAACAUGGAAGAAGCUUUAAAACACUAUUCAGCAUGAUAAAGUUUGAAGCACCAACGACAGCAUAAGCAUUCCUUCGAAAUACAUUGCAGGCAGUGCUAAAGAAAUAUGUCAUUUCAACGGGUUUGAUCAAUUAUAGCCUACCUGUCUGUCCCCUACCAAAGAAAAUUACUUAGAGGUCCAAUGCAGCCGUUUUUAACUCAAUAUCAAAUCAUUUCUGAGUAACAAUUAAGUACCUUACUGUGAUUGUUUUCACUUAAAAUUAUCAAAAAGAAACAGCUCCUUAGCAAAGAGCCAUUUCUCAGAAAUAAUUUUGCUCGGACUGUCUGGGAGUGGUCUGAGUGAUGAGGGGGAAACUGAAAACUAGCUGAUAUUGGCAGAGAGGUUUGAAACUCUUUCUUAUUGGUCUAUUAACUCAUUUACCGCCUGGCAAACCAAAACUCCAUCCCACGUAAACGGGCUGAAUUUUCAGGCGGUCUUUAUAAAACAGCUCUAAUUUUCACAAUUUCACAGUAUUAUUCCAACCUCAUAGUGCUGAAACAUACACUGGGUGUACAAAACACCUGCUCUUUCCAGGUGAAAACUAUGAUCAUUUAUUGACGUGACCUGUUAAAUCCACUUCAAAUCAGUGUAGAUGAAGGGGAGGAGACAGGUUAAAGAAGGAAUUUUUAUCCUUGAGAAAAUUGAGACAUGGAUUGUGUGUGUGCCAUUCAGAGGGUGAAUGGGCAAGACAAAAUAUUUAAGUGCCUUUGAACAAGGUAUGGUAGUAGGUGCCAGGCACACCGGUUUGAGUGUGUCAAUAACUGCAAAGCUGCUGGGUUUUUCAUGCUCAACAGUUUCCCGUGUGUAUCAAGAAUGGUCCACCACCCAAAGGACAUCCAGCCAACUUGACACAACUGUGAGAAGCAAGCAUUGGAGUAAACAUGGGCCAGCAUCCCUGUGGAAUGCUUCAACACCUUGUAGUCCAUGCGCUGACGAAUUGAGGCUGUUCUGGGGGAAACGGGGGGUGCAACGCAAUGUUAGGAAGCUGUUCCUAAUGUUUUGUACAAUCAGUGUAUAUAAAUGUUUUUGAAUGCACUGGUCCUUUAAGAAACUCAAUGUCACACAUUUCUGUUAGAAAAACAGACAAAAGCACUUAAAUUGCAAAGCAGUUUACACUGUGAGUGGAUAAAAAUGGGUAGCUAAUCAAAAAAACAUUGCCUGCGCCUGAUAGGUCUUUGUGCACAACUUUGUUUUUGUCUGAGCAUCAGUGCCCCAUUGAUCAUGUGUCCAAACUAAAGAAAGGGAGAAUGAGCUGGAAUCAGAAGUCAUUUUAUUUGUACUAUACUAGUAUAGCCCCUUCCCUUGCAAUGGUGUAUUGAUACAUAGUUAGUAUGCCAUACAUUUUGCACAUUGUGUAUAUAUUUUGUCAUGCAUUUUAUUUUAUUUUUUACAAAUGUAGCACAUUAGCUCUUUUCGUACAUUUUAUACAAAUGUAGCACAUCUAAGCUCUUUUGUAUUAAGACUGUUUGGUGUAUACAGUAUGCGUAUUACUGUAUACCCAUAAUGUAUAUAUAUAGCCUUUUUGUGUCAAUAAAAAUGGUCAUGUA